AAUGUAGUUGUGAGAAAUCUUCACAAUUAUUGGUAUAUAGCGAUAAGAUAGCAUUCCACCUGAAACUUGCAUAUAGGUUACUUCCUUCGGGAGAACGAGUAGUACAUAUUGAGUCUCUCUUGCAAUUGGUGUGUUGUUGCAUUUACAUAAAUUGUUAUAAAAAUGACUAUCGACUUCUAUUAUACCCCUGCAUCAGCACCAUGUAGAUCUGUUCUUCUCACAGCUAAAGCUUUGGGAAUUGAGAUGAACUUGAAAAAAAUGAAUAUGCUGAAAGGGGAGACAAGGACACCUGAUUUUAUUAAGAUGAAUCCACAACACUCAGUACCUACUCUUGUAGAUGAUGGAUUUGUUCUGAGCGAAAGCCGAGCAAUCAUUACAUAUUUAGUUUCAAAAUAUGGAAAAGAUGACAGUCUCUAUCCGAAAGAUGUACAAAAACGAGCUAUUGUGGAUCAAAGACUCUAUUUUGAUGCUUGUUCCGUUUACCAAAAGUUUGCUGAUUAUUUCUAUCCCACGAUAUUCACCAAUGCAAGCCCAGAUCCUGCUCUCCUGGAGAAACUCAAAGAUGUCUACAUCAUCUUGAACACAUUCCUUGAGAAUUCAAAGUACGCUGCAGGUGAUAAAAUGACCGUAGCAGAUUUCAGUUUAGUAGCUAGCGUAUCAACCGCAGAAGUUACCGGAAUAUUCGAUAUUUCUGCAUAUCCGAAUGUUUGGAAGUGGCUCCAGAAUAUGAAGAAAACAGCUCCAGGAUACGAAGAAGCUAAUGGAAAACAUAUCGAAAAUUUCAUGGGGUUUGUCGCGGAAUACAAAAAGAAAAUGGCCGUUAAAAUAUUGGUAAUGUGUGUUUUCUUUAAAAUGACUAAGCAACAUAUUACGUUAAAAAUGACCAUCGACUUCUACUAUACACCUGGAUCUGCUCCAUGCAGAGCUGUUCUUCUGACCGCUAAGGCUGUGGGUGUUGAACUCAAUCUCAAACAUCUCGACCUGAUGAAGGGCGAACAUCUUACACCAGAAUUUUUGAAGAUCAAUCCACAACACACAAUUCCAACCCUUGUCGAUAAUGGAUUGGCUUUAUCAGAAAGCCGAGCCAUUAUAACCUACCUUGUCUCACAAUAUGGAAAAGACGACAGUCUUUACCCAAAGGACCCUAGAAAACGCGCUGUUGUGGAUCAAAGGUUAUACUUCGAUGCCGGUACAUUAUAUGCAAGAUAUGCUGAAAAUUAUUACCCACAUUACUUUGCUGGAGUACCCUUCGAUUCCACCAAAAUGGAAAAACUGAUGGACGCCUUCAAAGUUCUUAACUCCUUUUUGGAUAACUCCAUAUAUGCCGCAGGAGAUAAAAUGACUGUUGCUGAUUUGAGCUUGGUUGCUUCAGUUUCAACUGCCGAAGUUUCAGGUAUUGACAUCAACGCAUAUCCCAAUAUUGCCAAAUGGUACAAAAAUAUUCAAAAGAGUGCACCUGGUUAUGAAGAAACAAAUGGAAAGGGAGUAGCACAAUUCAAACAGUUGGUUGAACACCUUACCAAGAAGAAGUGAUGUUGAAGAUUUGAAUGGAUGAUAUAUAUGCUUACAUUUUCAGUAUUUUUGUGCUUAUUGAGUGAAUGAAAAAUGAUUGUGCUAAAAUUUAUUGUAGGAGAUACAAAUUACAAUAAAAUUAUAUAAAACCAA